AUGUCUUCCCUCAAGCGAUCAAGGGAGAACUUGAAACAUUCCGAUCAUAAAAAGAUUCCAAUCAGAAUGAGUAAGUGGAAAGAAAUUGUUACUUAUGGAAUGUGCGUUAAUAGGAUUGGUGGAGAGCCAAAAGAUCACUGUAGGCACUUUCUUGCCGGCGGAAAGGAAGGAACUCCAGAGUCUUUCUUUUGCCAUGGUUGUGGUUGUCACCUCUGCUUCCAUUGGAAGUAUGUUGAAAAGGAGAUUGAUUUGUCAACUGCAAUUGUUAAAUAUGGAAAGUGUUUGAAAAACCAUACGGCUCGCUUGGGCGGUCGAUCCACACUGGAUGGUUGCGGCGAGUUCGUGGCAGCGGGUGAAGAAGGGACACAAGAGGCUUUUUCCUGUGCCGCAUGUAGCUGCCACCGCAGUUUUCACGAAAAGGAUUACUUGUAG